AAUGGUUUUACAAGUUGGUGGUGGGAGCGACGUUGAUAAAACCCAAAAGCUAAAACCCUAAUUCUUCAAUUUGCAUUCUGUAGUUGAUGGGUCGCCGAAAAACCAACAAUCAAACCAACAACAACACAAACAUGGCCACCAACAACGACAACAACCAUCUUCGAUUCCAGGACGCUGAUGAAGUUAUCGCAGAUGCUGCUGAAACUUCUAACCUUGACCAAUCCAUGGGUGGUUGCGAACUUGACGAUUCUAAUGACAAAACCAGCGCUGAUUACUACUUUGAUUCUUACUCUCACUUUGGAAUUCAUGAAGAAAUGUUGAAGGACACUGUUAGAACCAAGACAUAUCAAAAUGUUAUUUAUCAGAAUAGGUUUUUAUUCAAGAAUAAAGUAGUUCUUGAUGUCGGUGCCGGAACUGGGAUUUUGUCACUAUUCUGUGCCAAAGCAGGUGCAGAACAUGUCUAUGCCGUUGAAUGCUCUGAUAUGGCUGACAUGGCAAAGCAGAUAGUUGAAACUAACGGUUACUCUAAAGUUAUAACAGUUUUGAAAGGGAAGAUUGAAGAACUUGAACUUCCUGUUCCUAAAGUUGAUAUAAUCAUUUCCGAAUGGAUGGGAUAUUUCUUGUUGUUUGAGAAUAUGUUAAAUUCUGUACUCUAUGCACGUGAUAAAUGGCUUGUUGAUGAUGGAGUUAUUCUACCCGAUAUUGCUUCCCUCUAUCUUACCGCAAUUGAAGAUAAAGACUACAAAGAAGAUAAAAUUGAGUUUUGGAACAAUGUAUAUGGAUUUGACAUGAGCUGCAUCAAGAAGCAAGCCUUGACAGAGCCUCUUGUUGACACAGUUGACCAGAAUCAGCUUGUAACAAACAGUCAGUUACUCAAGACAAUGGACAUCUCCAAAAUGUCUGCAGGAGAUUGUUCAUUCACAGCACCUUUUAAGCUUGUAGCUAAUCACGACGAUUUUAUUCACGCUCUCGUGGCAUAUUUUGAUGUAUCAUUUACAAGGUGUCAUAAAUUGAUGGGCUUCUCAACAGGGCCAAAAUCGCGAGGUACACAUUGGAAACAGACAGUCCUAUAUCUGGAAGAUGUGUUGACCAUUUGUGAAGGGGAGACAAUUGUAGGGAGCUUGACAGUUGCCCCGAAUAAAAAGAAUCCCCGUGAUGUUGAUAUAAUGCUCAAGUAUACAUUGAAUGGCAGGCGAUGCAAUGCUUCGAGGGUUCAGUAUUACAAGAUGCGUUAAAUCUUGUUUUCCUAAUGCUCUCCAGUUUUGUGAAAUUUUGAAAACAAUUUGAAGCUGUUAAUUAAGGGCUGUAACUUAAUUGUAUUUUCAUUUGAAUUCUUAUUCAUAUUUAUGCCCAAUUCUGUUCUGGUCCUUCUGAAUGUAACAAUGAAAUUUGAAAUUCUAUUUAUUGUUUACAAUUCAUUUGCUUCCCA